CCAGCUGUACCACCAAUUCAAACAACACGGUUACGCUGACUCUGAGAAAUCCCCAAAUCUCCGCAAAUUAGGGUUCAUUCGUUCCUGACACUUGGAACGCUAAUCGGAAAUUUCUUCUCCCUUCGCUACGAAAUUUCUUCGGAAGGAUUAGUUUUCUAGAAUCUCUCGAAUCAAUCAAAUUCACGAGAUGCCGUCGUUCACACUGAGCAUUCCCUUACUUUUGCUGUGUUUCUGCUUGAUCGGCUUACAAGCUGCGGAUGAUCUCCCGGACAAAUCCGGCGGCGAUGUUUGCCCCAGGGUUUCGGAUCCGGGUGGGUGUCCAAUAAAUUGUUUCCGGGCGGAUCCAGUUUGCGGAGCCGAUGGAGUCACGUACUGGUGCGGUUGUCCCGACGCAGCGUGCCAUGGCGCUCGUGUAGUCAAAACUGGGGCUUGCGACGCAGGUAACGCCGGAAGUGCUUCUGUUCCCGGCCAAGCUUUGUUAUUGAUUCAUACUGUUUGGCUCUUCUUGCUCGGACUCUCUCUUCUCGUUGGUGUUUUCUGAGCUCCAGAGUUAAUGGCGGAUUAGAGAAGGAAUUUACCCCAAUUCGUUUGUCGCUUUUUUUCUUGUCAUACUUUAUAGAAAACAUGUGUUUGAGAUGAUUCAUGACUCUAUAGAUCACACGUAGAAUGGUGUUUGUAUGUGUAAGUUGAGUAGAUUUUCUCUAAUGGAUUGCCUUGUUGUGUUAUUGUUUUGCUUUGUGUGCUAAAUCACGUCUUGGCUUAUGAUUAUGCAAUUAUACCUCAA